UUCGCUUACACUUUCUCUGCAUUAUUUACUUUCGAGGUGAAAAAGUGCAUGAAGGGUUACAGAUAGGGAUCUUGAAAUGAUGCGCGUUUAACUCGCGCGUUAUGGCGCCUUUACGCAAUUCCUCGAGCGAGAUUUCCAGCUUUGCACCUCAAAUAAGUAGAGUCGAGCAAUAAAAAAAAACAGCAUUACCCGCUACUUGAGGAGAGGAAAAGGAGAAGAGGAUGGCAGCUCCACACAACGGAUCAAACCUAACCACGAACUACACCAACCAGUUCGUGCAGCCGCCGUGGCGCGUCGCUCUCUGGUCGGUCGCCUACAGCUCCGUGCUGGCGGUGGCGGUGUUCGGAAACCUCAUCGUGAUUUGGAUCAUUCUUGCACACAAACGCAUGAGGACGGUCACAAACUACUUUUUGCUCAAUUUGGCGUUUUCCGACGCGUCGAUGGCCGCGUUCAACACUUUAAUAAACUUUAUCUACGGUCUGCACGGGGAUUGGUACUUCGGGGAAGCCUACUGCAAAUUCCACAACUUCUUCCCAAUAACGUCCGUGUUUGCAAGCAUCUAUUCCAUGACCGCGAUCGCUGUGGACAGGUACAUGGCCAUUAUCCAUCCUCUGAAGCCUCGUCUGUCUGGAAAGGCCACCAUGGGGGUCAUCAUCUGCAUCUGGAGCCUGGCCGUGGUUCUGGCCUUCCCACCCUGCUACUUCUCCACCGUCAAAGUUCUGCCCCACAAGACCCUCUGUUAUGUGGCCUGGCCUCGCAUGAAAGAUCACAUCUUCACGUAUCAUAUCAUUUUGGCAGUUCUGGUCUACUUACUGCCUCUGGUGGUGAUGGGCAUCACUUACACCAUUGUAGGAGUGACGCUCUGGGGGGGCGAGAUCCCUGGAGACUCGUCUGAUAAUUAUCAUGGACAGCUCCGGGCUAAAAGAAAGGUGGUGAAGAUGAUGAUCAUUGUGGUGGUGACCUUUGCCCUCUGCUGGCUGCCUUACCACAUCUACUUCAUCGCGAUGGGUCUUAACGAACGCCUGAGCAAGUGGAAGUACAUCCAGCAGGUGUACCUGUCAAUGAUGUGGCUGGCCAUGAGCUCCACCAUGUACAACCCCAUCAUCUACUGCUGCCUCAACAGCAGAUUUCGUGCCGGCUUCAAGCGAGCCUUCCGCUGGUGUCCAUUCAUCAAGGUGUCCAGCUACGAUGAGCUGGAGCUCAGAUCCACCCGGCUGCACCCGAUGCGUCAGAGCAGCAUGUACACGCUGUCCCGAAUGGACACCACCAUGGUGGUGGUGUACGACCCCGCCGAGGGCGACGGCGGUGCCUCGGGAGUGAGGCACUCCCUCCCGGCCAGGAAGAGGAGUUACAUGACGUCUCGCCACUCAGAGAUCAAUGGAUGCAGUGAAAGCGUCUCAAAGAUGCAAAACGGGGGAGCUCCAAACGCUAAACCUGAGGAAUUCUCAUAAGCAUCUCGCGUCGCAGAGAUGCAUGCAGCACAAAGCUGCCAAACUUUGCAUGAGAAAGGUGUCAUAUGAGUGUGUCAUACGUUGUACAUAGAGACAUGCACAAGGUGUUUGAUCUGCUUUGACAUGGAGGCAUUACUGAGGAAGAAGUGGACGUUUCACUCUUCCCAGAUGUUUGUCCAGUCACUGUCCAUCUGUGGAAUGAAAUACUUCACAGAGCCAUUAGUUCUUAGGACAAACUUCAUUCUCGAUAGCAUAGCUAGUGUGUUUACGUUUUCACUCCCAGAGUUCAGUUACGAUCUGUCUUCUCAAAAAUGAAUUAAAAGUUAAUUAAAGACCACUUCUAUUUCAAAUCUAGUUCCUAAUCUUAUUGAAAAUCCCAUGUGAGGAU